GGACUACAAUUUAAUUACCUGAUCCCUUCAAUUGAUUCACUAGACUCUAGUGUCAUUAUAGCUGGACAGACGCUCUUUAUCCUACAAGGAGACAGGUCUCACUCACUCCAAUGGGAGAAAUGUGAAUUCAGAUUAGAGUGUCCUCAAGGAGCAGUAUCCAAGGAUACUGAAGUAGCUGUUACUGCACUAGCUGGUGGUAAUUUUAAGGUACCCAAAGGCACUAUGCUAGUGAGUGCAGUAUAUGCAAUAUCAGUAUCUAAGGCACUAUUAAAACCACUGGUAAUAGAGCUACAACAUUGUGUGGAUCUAAGGAACACUAGUCAGACUGGUUGCCUCAAGUUUGUGAGAGCUCCACUGAAGUCUCCCAAUGCUUACCAGUUCAGUAUAGUUGAAGGAGGAUCUUUUAGUGUAGGGAACAGAUAUGGUUCUAUUGAACCUGAUGAAUUCUGUGCCUUUGGUAUUGGGCAUGUUGGUAAUGGAGACACACCUAAUAGAGGUGUGAAUGGGUUGGAGAAUGAUACACAAACUCAAGGAACAAAUAUUAAUGAUAGUGAGGAGGAGACUAAUGGAAACACACCUAAUGAUAGCAGUAAUGGAGCAGGAGAGAAUAGUAGUGGAGGAGGAGCCACCCCAUCAAGUACUACACCACCUCAUGUUAGUCCAUGAGGUAGAAUCCCAUACUACUGAAAAACCAACAGUACAACAGUCAGAUCAUGUACUAAGUGAUUCUGAUGGAGCUAAAGCUACUGUAUCCAGUGAACAGUGUCUAGCAAGGAAUGAUGAUGAAUCACUACAAUCUUCUACUGAUUAUUUUCAUUCAGACA